AUGGAUGCUGAUUUACGCAAAAAGCUUGAAAUGUUCCGGUCUCCAACCGAAAAUCAGCCGAAUUCUCACUCACUUCCCGAGGUCAAAGAUAUAAUAAAAUAUCUGAACACUGAAUGCUCUCAGGCUGAGGAUGCAAAUCUACACAGCGCUCCCACACUGAAUAAAAUUAAUAACACUUUUGCUCAUGCACCCAAAGACACUACACAAAAGCAAGUACAAUUUCGCUCAAGAACCGUUGCUAUGGCCACGACCCACACUUCCCCCCAUCAGUCAUCUCACUCAACAGGCAUUAAAAAACCGACUCAUUGGCAGUGUUUUGCAUGUAACUCAAACGAACACAAGAUCUAUGCCUGCAGUGUGUUCCAAAAUAAAUCUCCGCAUGAGCGACAUAACCUCGUCAAAGAAAAUCAUCGCUGUGUCUCGUGUCUAGGCCAUCAUAACCUCAAAUAUUGCCAUUCACAAACUUCAUGUCGUACAUGUAACAAGAAACAUCACACUUUGUUACAUUUCCCUGCACCUCUUGUUGAUCAAAAUCAUUUUAAGCCUGUCAAUGCAAAUGUGAGUUACCCACAUGAGCCUACUCAAACCUCAAUGACGUCAACUUCACAAGAUCACUCUCAGCCACCUUUUAAAAGCUCUACUAUACUCUUGGGAACUUUUUUGAUAAAGGUCACUUCAGUUCAAGGCACAUCUCAUGUGUUCCGUGCCUUACUUGACUCCGGCUCCAUGUGCGACUUAAUCACCGAACGAGCAGCUCAACUUUUAAACGCUCGACGCUACAAGUCAAAUGUUCAACUUUCUGGACUUGGCCAAAAUGCAGCUAAGAGUAAUGGGCAAACUUACCUCAAUCUUGAAACUCUUUCUGGAUUUCUCAUAUCUCCGCAACAUCCAAUGCUCAUUUUAGACAAAUUGACUGUCGACUUACCUCGUGUUCCAGUCUCUCCGGAAGUGUUAUCGCUCACUAAACGGUUUUGUCUAGCUGAUCCAUCAUUUCACCUGCCAGGACGCAUUGAUAUCGUGCUUGGUUGCUCUCUCUUCCCUAAGUUACUAACUCAUGAAAAUUACUCUCUUGGCCAACAUAUGCCCCACGUAAUAGGAACUCAUUUUGGAUACAUCGUGAUGGGUUCUGCACCCUGUGAAAUACCCACAAAUCCCACACCACAAUGUUCAAACUUAAUCAGUCACACCAUCUCCCUUCAUUCAUCUAAUGAUGUUGACCUUCAUUCCUCACUUCAGCGAUUCUGGACUCAGGAAGAACUUCCAAAUUGUCAAAAGAAAACUGAAGAAGAAGAACUCUGCGACGCAAACUUCGAGUCUACGCACACCAGAGACUCUGAAGGACGAUACAUCGUUCGACUUCCCUUCAAGGAAGCUCACCCCCCUCUUGGAGCGUCUCAACCGCUUGCUGAACGCAGAUUCCACUCUCUCGAGCGAAAAUUCGCAGUCCAACCCCGCUUCUCUCAGCUUUACCACGACUUCAUAGAUGAUUACAUCUCUCUUGACCAUAUGACCAUAUGUCAAGAUUUCCUUCUUCCCUCUUCACACUACUUUCUCCCUCAUCAUGGGGUUCUUAAAGAGAGUAGUAGUACAACCAAACUCCGAACAGUAUUUGAUGCUAGUGCAAAAACAAGCACAGGGGUUUCUCUCAAUGACAUUCUGCUUACUGGACGCAAGCUCCAAUCCAAUAUUUGUGACAUACUUAUGCAUUUUAGAAGACACAAUAUUGUUUUUUCUUGUGAUAUUCGUCAAAUGUAUCGACAGAUCCAAAUACAUCCUGACGAUAGAAAAUUUCAACUCAUCCUUUGGCGUGAAACUUCCUCUCAACCUCUUACUACCUACCAGCUGAACACCGUGACGUAUGGUAUGAAUAGCUCUCCUUACCUAGCAAUAAAGACUCUUUACCAACACGCCGACGACGAAGGUGACUACUUUCCCGAGGCAGCGCAAGUACUAAGAACGCAAACCUACGUUGACGACAUCAUCACUGGUGCGGAUACUGAGGAAACGGCCUUGAAACUUCAAGAUCAAUUGGUCAACCUGUUACGAAAAGGAGGAUUUGAAUUACGUAAAUGGGUCUCCAACUCUGAUCGUCUUCUACAAGCUUUCCCCAAGGAGCAUCUUGAGACUCCCGUCUUUCUCCAAGAUUCUGAACAGCCACACUUCACAAUACUUGGCCUACAUUGGUCUCCCCACUCUGACUGCUUCACUUACAACCUUAACUUCCCUAUGGACCCUCAUCCAUCAAAACGAUCUUGA